GCUGCCAUUCUGUGCUUACACAGUAUGGCCGGAGACAUUAGCUAACAUUUGCCUACGGUAUUCUCUGUAAAAGGGAAGACGGUAAAAGAAAACAAGGCAACUACAUCUGGACUGCUCAAGGACUGUAACUAAGCUAAUAAAUUAUAACAACCAACAAAGGACUAAUUUAACUGGGAUUCCAUCCGACGGUUUAAUUUCUGUUGUUGGGGUCUGUUUGUGUCACGAUGGAAGAGAGCAGUGCACACUUCUUCGAGGGGACCGAGAAGCUCUUGGAGGUGUGGUUCUCCCGAGAAGACGAAAGCAAAGGAACCGGGGAUCUGCGCACUAUCCCCAGAUUUGAGUGGGACAAACUUCUGGAGAAUGUGCAUUGUUUGAUUAUAAGUGUGACGAAGACUGACAAGCGGGAAGCUUAUAUACUCAGUGAGAGUAGCAUGUUUGUCUCCAAGAGACGUUUCAUUUUGAAGACAUGCGGAAGCACCCUCUUACUGCAGGCACUGGUGCCACUGCUGGAGCUGGCUCGUGAGUACUGCGGCUUUGAUGCCAUCGAGAAUUUCUUCUAUUCUCGUAAAAAUUUUAUGAAGCCCACCCAUCAAGAGUUCCCUCACCGCAACUUCCAGGAGGAAGUCGAGUUCCUCAGCCAGAUUUUUCCAAAUGGAGCAGCCUACUGUAUGGGACGUCUGAACUCAGACUGCUGGUAUUUGUUUACGCUGGAGCUGCCAGAAUACUGGGAGAAUAAGCAGGCGGACCAGACACUAGAAGUUCUGAUGAGUGACCUCGACCCGGCUGUGAUGGACCAGUUCUUCAUGAAAGACGGUGUUUCUGCUAAUGAUGUCACUCGUAUGAGUGGAAUUCGUGACCUGAUUCCAGGUUCAGUGAUUGAUGCCACAAUGUUCAACCCUUGUGGAUACUCCAUGAAUGGAAUGAAAACGGAUGGAACUUACUGGACGAUUCACAUCACCCCCGAACCGGAGUUCUCCUAUGUCAGCUUUGAAACCAACCUCUCCCAGACGUCUUACGACGAGCUUAUCCACAAAGUCGUGGAUGUCUUCAAACCAGGGAAAUUUGUGACAACGCUUUUCGUCAAUCAGAGCUCCAAAUGUCGCAGCGUUUUCACUUCGGCUCAGAAGCUGGAGGGUUACCGCCUCCUGGACCGCCAGUCGGCGCACUUCAACGACUACAACUUCGUCUUCACCAGUUACGCCAAGAGCCGCCAGCAGAAGCAGAGCUGAACCUCCGAAAUGAAGAAGCGUAAAAAGAAAUCGUGCGGCUGGCGGCAUUUGUGCGUGGAGUCUUCUGGCUGUAGAUCUUCCCCGAGUUUAACGUUUAUGCAUACCUGUACCUGUGACGUAGAUAUCGUGCAUGAAAGCUCUUCUCGUGUCUCUGUAGAUAUUCUAGCCCAUUCUUGCUGUGAUCUUGAAGUGCAUGUAGAGCUCUUGAACGUGGAUGUGAGGCAUGUCACACCAUCAUCCCAGUACAUGCAAUGCUCCCUUCCCUUCCUGCAAGUGUCCCCUCGCAUCCCCCACAGACAGGGUUUCCGACCUCACUAGACAAGGACCCUGACACGCUCAGAUCUGUCUUGCCUCCCGACCAAUCCAAAAGCAACGUCUUUUUAUCGGUUUAUCGGUUUGCGAAAAAGGGGUUUUUGGGGGGGGGGUUCCAUUUACAUUGCAUUUUCUCUUGACUUAAAUACACGUGACGUUGGUUAUUUAAAUUGCAGCUCAUUUUCAAUGUAUGUGUUCAGCUCAACUGUGUAUAGCUAGCUAACUUUUCUGUGACUGUGAAGAUGUCCUGAAGACAAACCUGAAGUAUUCCUCGUCCGUCUUCUUUUCUUUAACCCUGCAGACGGCUGUCUUUAUCCGGUGUGCUAGAGAAGUGAAUGUGAGUAGCUUAACCGUCACCUUCAAUGUCGAGAGCCUGCUCUGCUUUUAGAGACUCUCGUCUCUCGUUUGAGUAAUACGCUCGUUAGAUGGUUAGCAUUAAGUGGAACUUCGAUCAGGUAGCUAAUAUUUCCA